GGAGCGCGGCCAUGGCCACCCUGCUGCCGCGGGGCGCUGCUGCCGCCCGCCGCCGCCUCCUGCUGCGCCCCGCGCCGCUGUGCCCGGGGCCGGUGCGGGCCGCCAGCCGGACCCUGCCCGCCGCCCUGCUGCGCCGCGGCGCCCUGCUGGGCGGCCGAUGGGUGGAGACGGCCGCCGCUUUCCCCGUGCAGGACCCGGCCAGCGGCGAGGAGCUGGGCCGGGUGUCCGACUGCGGSGUGGCCGAGGCGCGGGCGGCCGUUCGGGCUGCGCACGAAGCCGGCGCCGCCUGGGGCCGCCUCCCCGCCAAGGAGAGGAGCGUGCGCCUCCGCCGAUGGUACGAGCUGAUGGUGGAGAACAAGGAGGAGCUGGCGCGGAUCAUCACGGCCGAGAACGGGAAGCCUCUGAAAGAAGCGCAGGGUGAAAUCAUGUAUUCAGCCUCAUUUCUGGAGUGGUUUGCRGAGGAGGCACGGCGGAUUUAUGGUGAUGUUAUUCCAGCAGCCGCAAAAGACAGAAGAGUCCUGGUGCUGAAGCAGCCAGUAGGAGUGGCAGCCAUUAUAACCCCAUGGAAUUUUCCCAGUGCUAUGAUUACCCGGAAGGUUGGUGCAGCUCUGGCAGCUGGCUGUACAGUGGUAGUGAAACCUGCAGAAGACACACCUUUAUCAGCAUUAGCUCUUGGGGAGCUUGCAAACCAGGCUGGAAUCCCAGCAGGAGUGUAUAAUGUUGUCCCUUGUUCUAGACAACAGGCAGCAGCUGUAGGGGAGGUUCUAUGCACUGAUCCAUUGGUAUCCAAAAUAUCUUUUACUGGCUCAACAGCAACAGGAAAGAUCUUGCUGAARCAUGCAGCUGGCACUGUGAAGAGAGUUUCCAUGGAGCUUGGAGGACAUGCUCCUUUUAUCGUGUUUGACAGYGCCAACGUGGACCGUGCUGUCGCAGGAGCCCUUGCUUCCAAGUAUAGAAACUCAGGGCAGACCUGUGUUUGCACAAACCGUUUCCUGGUGCAAAAGGGAAUUCAUGAUGAAUUUGUGGAAAAGUUUGCUAAAGCUAUAGAGAAAGAACUACAUGUUGGAGAUGGAUUUGAUGCAAAAACUACGCAAGGACCACUAAUAAAUGAAAAAGCAGUGGAGAAGGUGGAGAAACACAUUAAGGAUGCGGUUUCUCAAGGAGCAUCUGUUGUGACUGGAGGGAAACGACACAGCUUUGGGAAGAAUUUCUUUGAGCCUACAUUACUUAGUAACRUUACAACAAAAAUGCUUUGCACCCAAGAGGAGACAUUUGGCCCUUUAGCACCAGUUAUCAAAUUUGAGACUGAAGCAGAAGCUGUUGCUAUAGCAAAUGCAGCUAAUGUGGGCCUAGCAGGAUAUUUCUACUCCCAAGACCCAGCUCAGAUCUGGAGAGUUGCGGAACAGCUGGAAGUUGGAAUGGUUGGUGUUAAUGAAGGCAUAAUCUCGUCAGUGGAGUGUCCUUUUGGUGGGGUAAAGGAGUCUGGCUUAGGGCGAGAAGGUUCAAAAUACGGCAUUGAUGAAUACUUAGAAAUAAAAUAYGUCUGCUUUGGAGGGUUAUAAAAGCCUUCAGACAGCACAAUCCCAGUGUCUUGGAAAACAGUGCUGUAGUUUUAAUAAGCUUAUUGAGCCAGAAAUAYGAAUGAAUGCAACUUUUACCUUUAAAACUAAUCAGCCCCGUCCUGUGUAUGUAGAGAUAUUUACAGUAUUCUGUGUUGCCAAAUAUUUUUACAUGGUCUUUGUUUAUAYAUCCAGUUUUUCAGUAAUGUGAUCACAAGGUCCAUUAUUUUUAGUAAUGAGUAGGGAUGUACAUUUAUUAUUCUUGGAUUAUCCCUGUGUAACUGGGAGAACUUGGAGACUUGUCAUACUGAAAUCAGAUUGUUUCAGUAUAGCAAAGGGAAUUUGAUCACCAUUUUUUACUACCUUUAGUGUUUCAGUGUGAAUAUGGGAGGCUUUGGGAUGGCAGACUCCCUUUAGAAUUUUCUGCAAAUACUCACACUUUCUAAUGUGGUUAUAUGACCUUCUUUAGAAGCACGUGUCCUUUUUUUGUUUGUUUUUGGAGGGUUUGUUUGUUUGGUUGGGGCUUGUUUUGUUUUUCUUAAAUUGUGGGAGAAUCUGCUUCUUACAAAAGGUGAGGAAUUGUUUUUAACUAUAUCUAGGCAUUCACAUAGCCAAAUAGACAGCUUUUUCAGCAUUGUUAAUGCUGAUUGCAGGGCUGCUGCCUGCUCAGCUUUAGGUUUUUGAGCAAAGAGAUCCAAUUUGUGCCUAACAUGCCUAGGAUGAAAUAUGGYCCUUGUUUGAUGCCUGUUAGCCCCAGCAGUCCACAGAACAGGACAGUCCAGGAGAAAGAAUUGCUGGCUUAGUGAGUAGCAGGAGGAAAAUAGGAUACUUACAGGAAUAAUUUGCAGAAUUGUAAGAGGACACAGUAAGGGCUGUGUAAGAAGGCUCAGGUGGUGACAUGAUACAGGUGGUGACAUGAUACAGAUUAACUCCCUCCCUUCCGUGAAAAUACCAAGACUCUCCUUGGGUAGGACAGUCCCUGAGGUAAACGUUGCUCUGUGUCUAAAGGAACAUUACUCACCCCCUUCAAGGAACAGAUAUCCAUUUGUGUGGGCUUUGUGUCUUGAAUUGGAUUUGUGUUUAUGGAGGUGAAUGUCCAUUAGGGAAGAAGGUUAAAAAUUCUUUGAACAUGGCUAAUUUGUGACCUAAUAAAGAUUUAAAUAGUGGUGGUUAGAGGUGAGACUUCAACACAUCACCUCACUAUUCUGUCAUCAUCAAAAGAUGAUGUAAGGCUUCCUUAGUAUAAAAUGAACAAUGUUGUUUAAACAUUAUUUUAAUAGCAGUCAAACAAAGCACUUAAAAAUUUGCAAUGUUAAUUUGGUGAAUAAAUCAGCACUGCAGAAGUCAAGUGGAGUAAAUUUUGUUUCUUACAAAAUUAUUUAUUUAUUUAUUAAAAAUAAAUAAAAGAAGGCAACAGAGCCCUUCUUCCUAUAGAGUAAUGAAUGUACCCUAUGAAAUGGAAUAUUUUAGGAUGUUUUAUCCCAUCAGGCAAAGAGAUACCAGGUAAAACAAGAUGUGGAGAUGGAGGGAAAAAGCUGGAACAGUUUCACAGGGUUUCUUUUAAAGCGCACAUAGAGUAGCAUUGAUGGCUACUUCUUAUUUUUAAGUAUUUUUUUAUGGUAGCAUUUGUGUAGCAGUUGAGACCAGGUGGGAACACGUGAUCUGUCAGUACUGUGUGCAUCAUGCCAACCAAAGGGC